AUGAAGAACAAUGUUUCCUCUCUACAAAGUUUCUCUCUUGGUUUGAAACAUUUUUCAAACACCAUCACUGGUCGCCGAGAGGUUGGCAGUGAUUUUGAGAUGCAAGAUGUCAAGGCUAAACAGAUCAUUGAAAAGAAAAUUAAAUUUGGAUUGAAUAAACAUUUGGGUGUGCGUGUGUCUCGAGUGAAAUUAAGUAAUAUGGAAAAUGAUAGAGAAAAUUCUUUUAUUGAAAUGACAAUGCCAAUCACUGAAAUUCAUAUGAAUGCAAUGGGAUUAGUACAUGGAGGAUCAAUAAUUACCAUGUGUGAUACUGCAAUUGGAACUGGAGCAUAUUUUUAUGCAAACAAGUUUUUAGAUGGAGCUGGUAUGGUUGUUCUCGACUCUUUCACACAAUUUACAAGACAUGCGAAUAUUAAUGAUGUGUUGCGUGUUGUUGCAAAACCACGUCACUUGGGAAGAAAAACUCAAACAUGGGAAGCUACCAUCUAUCUUGGUGAUCCAAAAGAAAACAUCAAAGUAGCUCAUACUGUUUCAACAGUAUUAAAUAUUCCUAAUGAAGAUGGUGACUUAUUAAGCGAAAAGUUGAAAAAGCUUGGUAAAAACUUUAAUAUCAACACAAUGAGUAAGGAAGAGAUUGCUGCAAGAUUUGACAAGUACAGCGAACAAUGGGAGUUUUUAACAAAGAUUUCAGAAUAUCAAAAGAAUGUAAUUGCAUGGGUUGCCAAACAAGCAAAUACUCUAAAGCAGCAGAUAUCAUGUAACAACACUUCUAACAAAUUCAAAGUAUUGGAUUUGGCAACAGGUAGCGGCCUCGUCGGAAAAGCACUAUACAACGUUUUGGGAGAGUCCUCCAAUAUUGAGUUGACAGGUUUGGACAUUUCACAGGGAAUGAUAAGUAAGGCUGAGCAACUGGGUAUUUACCGAAACUUGUUCGUUCAUGAUUUGGACAAGAAAAUUUCUCAAUUUCAAGACAACUCGUUCGAUCUCAUCACAUGCUUUGGUGUGACAGAAAUGCUUCACAAUUUGGAAACAGUAUUACUUCCAGAAAUUAAGAGACUGUUGAAAAAGUCUAGUCGCUCUCAAUGUUGGAUCUCAUUUCAAUACAAUGAUGGUAAACAAGCUGCAGCUCACCAAGGUAUGAAAACAUUCAAAGAGGAUGAAAUUGUAGAAUUAUUGAAGAAGAAUAAUAUGAAGGUGAUUCAACUCGAAAUAUUGAAGAAUGCAUAUUUGUUACCAGAUCCAUCUGGCUCAGUCAAACCUGUUCCUUUUUGCAUGGUGACCUGUUGUCUUGACGAAUAA